AUGCCCAAAGUGGUAAAGGAUCCACAUGAAGGCAUUAAGUAUCACAACGUGCGAAAAGGAAGCGAACCUGGUUGCUACCAAUUACAUAGGCCAUCGGAAUGCCGCCUGAAGUUCCCGAAAACCAAACGGCCAAUCCACAAAUGCGAAAUACCGAAACGCGAGUUCACUCUGGUGCCACAGAUAGGAGGAUGGAGGUCGCUGCUAAUCCCGAAAAAAGAGCCCAAUUACUACCCGGCCGUGAUGCAUAAGAGUGAAUUCGAGAGGCUUAAGAAACAAGCCAAGAUAGUGACGCAAGAGGAGCAGCUCAGAGCCAUGCACGAGCAGGAGGCCGCGGUGCAGAAGGCGGCACGCGAGUCCGAGGAACGGAAGGAGCUGCUGAAGAAGAAGCUGCUUCCCCAACCGGGGGCAGAGGUCGCCACGGGCGCUGUCGAUCCUGAAUUGGAGGGCCCCGACCAGAAUGCGCACACGCUGUCCAGGGCCGAAGUGCUGCUCGCCGACAACAUGCAAGGGCCCAGACUCUGCAACAGGAUCAUCUUGGCGUCCAAAUGCCACGCCAUCCGCGACGCGCAGAUCGCCGAGAAGGACCUCAUCAAGAAGGAACUGACCGAAGAAGAGAGGAGACUGGACGCCAUCAUGGAGGAGAACCGUCUCGCGGCAGUGAGGAGAGCUGAAGAGGAGGAGGAGCGACGCCACCAGCUACGGCUGCAGAACCUCGCCGCGCUGAAAGAGCAGAUAGAGGCACACGACACUGCUAAGAUAAUGGAAGCGGAGCGCAUAGAGGAGGAGAGCAUUAGAGUGAACCAGGCGAACAUCGCGAUGCGGAUCGACGAGGCGCAGAAACUGAAGGAGAAACAAGAGAGGCAGGCGAAGCUUAAGGAGAUCCUCGACCAAGGCAACGCGGAACUGCUGUACUUCAAGCAGUUGCAGAACGAGGAGGAGCGAAUACUGAACCUCCGGAUCGCCGAGUUCCUGAGGAGGCGCCAGGAGCGGGAGUCGCGCGCCAGGGCCGAGGCGGAAGCGGUGAAAGCGGCCAAGCAGAAGGGCAUCGACCACAUCGCCAAGGCCCAGAAGGCGGAACAGGAGCUGAAGGAGGAGCUGGAACGCAUCCGCAACCUGAAGAUCCAGGAGGACGUGGAGCGAGAGUACCGGCGCAAGGAGCGCGAAGCAGCCAUCAAGAGGAACAGGGAGAUGAAGCAACUUCACGAGGCCAGGGUCAACCAGAUCCACGACAUCCACCGUCUAAUUGCGCGCGAGAUUGCGAAGGAUGAGCAGAGCUUCAACAACGCCGCCAGACAGAACGAGGAGUUUCUGCAGAAGGAGAAAAUGUUGGAGGAACAGCGCAAAGCUCGAAUCGAGCGUCAUCGGCAAGAAAUCAUGAAGCAAAUCAACGACAAAGAGCGCGCCAGGGCCGAGCUGAGGGAGAGGAUACGCAACGAAGGCGUCGCGCUGCGUAUGGAGCAAGAGCAACAGGAGAAGUACGAAAGGAAGGUCAUCAAGAACAAGGUGGCGGACAUGAGACAGCAAAAGGUGGCGGAGAAAUACGUGAAGGAAGUGGAGCAGACGCUCGGCAAGCACGGAUAU